AUGGGCAUAGCUUCGUCAACACUUACCAAUCGUAACUUCAUCACUCGCACAAAAUCUCCAAUGCCACCCAACAUCACACUCAAACCCUCUUCAUCUUCAUCUCCAUUCAAAAGCCUCACAUUUCCCAAAAACAACAAAAAACCACCCAACCCAAUACCACCCAUUGACCACUCUCACCUCUCACAACUCCUCUCCAAACCCAAUUCCGAUUGGGUCAUUUUACUCAACCACGAACUCCAUUCAAAAAAACUACUCCUCACACCCCCUUCACUCUCAACCAUCUUCCAAAACAUUCAAAACCCAUUACACUCCAUCAAAUUCUACACAUGGGUUUCCUCCAUCAACUCUUCAUUGGCAAACACCUCUUCCAUUCACCGCAUUUUAGGUAACACCUUACACAGAAACGGCCCUGUGAUUCUUUCUGCUGAGUUUCUUAACGAUGUUCACAAAUCAGGUUUUAGGGUUACUGAAGAUUUGUUAUGUGUUCUGAUGAGUAGUUGGGGGAAACUUGGUUUAGCUAGAUAUUGUGUUGAUGUUUUUGGUCAAAUUUCGUUUAUGGGUAUUGCUCCAACUACUAGGUUGUAUAAUUCUCUUAUUGAUGCAUUGGUUAAAUCAAAUUCUAUUGAUUUGGCUUAUCAUAAGUUCCAACAGAUGAUUGGUGAUCAUUGUUUUCCUGAUAGGAUUACUUACAAUAUUCUUAUUCAUGGUGUUUGUAAGAUCGGUGUUGUCGAUGAGGCACUUCGUUUGAUUCGACAAAUGAAGGAUAAGGGACUUUUUCCGAAUGUUUUUACUUACACUAUAUUGAUUGAUGGGUUUUGUAAUGCUAAGAGGGUUGAUGAAGCUUUUGGGGUUUUGGAUAAGAUGAAAGAGAGUAAUGUUUGUUUAAAUGAAGCUACUGUUAGGACAUUGGUUCACGGGGUUUUCCGUUGCGUUGAUCCGAGUAAGGCGUUUGUGUUGUUGUCUGAGUUUUUAGAUAGGGAGGAGCGUGGUGGUUUUGGUAAGUUAGCUUGUGAUACAGUAUUGCAUUGCCUUGCGAAUAACUCUAUGGCGAAAGAAAUGGCCGUGUUUAUUAGAAAAGCAUUUGCUAGAGGUUAUGUUCCCGAAAGUUCUGUUUUCAAUGUUAUAAUGGCUUGUUUGGUUAAGGGAGUUGAAUCGAGAGAAGCAUGCGAGAUAUUUGAAAUUUUCAGGAAGCAAGGUGUCAAGCCGGGUAUUGGUACUUAUUUUAUACUUGUUGAAGCUUUGUACAAGGAUGAACAGAGAGAGGAAGGGGAUCGAAUAUCCGAUCAAAUGAUUAACGACGGGUUGAUUUCGAAUGUCGUUUCAUAUAACAUGUUGAUUAAUUGCUUCUGCAAAGCAAACAUGAUGGACAAAGCAUCCGAGGUUUUUAGAGAGAUGAAACUUAGAGGCUUCACUCCUAACCUUGUUACUUUCAAUAUCCUUAUUAAUAGCCAUUGCAAAGAUGGAUCAAUAGUUAAGGCACAAGAGUUGCUAGAGAUGGUUUUAGAAAACGGACUUAAACCUGAUAUCUUCACUUUUAGUUCUAUUAUUGAUGGACUAUGUCGAAGAAAGAGGACCGAGGAAGCUUUUGAAUGUUUUAAUGAGAUGAUUGAGUGGGGUGUCAAACCAAAUGCUAUUAUUUACAAUAUCUUGAUUCGGUCUUUAUGUAGCGUUGGCGAUGUUGCGAGAUCAACGAAACUUUUAAGAAGAAUGCAAGAGGAAGGAAUAAGCCCUGAUACAUAUUCCUAUAACUCUUUGAUUCAAAUUUUCUGUAGGACGAAUAGGGUUGAGAAAGCUAAAAAGCUUUUCGAUUCAAUGUCGAAAUCUGGCCUGAAUCCUGACAGUUACACGUAUAGUGCUUUUAUAGAGGCACUGUCUGUGUCUGGGAGAUUAGAGGAAGCCAAGAAAAUGUUUUACUCGAUGGAGCAAAAUGGUUGCUCUCCUGAUUCAUAUGUAUGUAACUUGAUUGUUAAGGCAUUGGUUCGGCAAGAUUGUGUUGAAGAGGCUCAAAUGAUCGUAGAAAGAUGCAGACAGAAAGGAAUAUCUUUGAAUUGUAUUCCUGAUUCAUAG